AAGGUUUUCCUAUUGGCCGUGAUAAAUCACAUGGCAAGGCUCCGCUUGGAAGUUAGUGCCUGUGUAGAUGUGUAUGUGAGAGAGAGACGGAGUAUCAGCAGCGAAAUGAGUAUAAGAGUGUAUUACACAACCGUUGCCGGCUCCAGGGAGGUGAAAUCCCAGCAGUCCGAGGUGGCACGUGUCUUGGACAGUAAAGGCAUCCAGUAUGAAAUGAUUGACAUUGCACAGAAUAACUCUUUGAAGGAGGAAAUGAGGAGCAAGUCAGGAAACCCCAGCGCUCUGCCUCCUCAGAUCUUCAAUGGGGACCAACAUUGUGGGGGUUAUGAAGAUUUUGUGGAAGCUGUGGAGACAAGUGAUGUGCGGAAGUUUCUGAAGCUUGACUAAAUUCCCUCCGCGCCAGAUUGACGAAGAGCAGAGUGCAGAGCCAACCCUGAUACAACUCUCACACCCCAUGUGCAAUCCCAAUCAUCCAGCGGUUUUAGAACCACCCAUAAACAGUAACGGCUCCAUGCUUGCUCACCGUUUGCUCCUUCAUUGGAAGCAUGUUGCCAAUUCUGCAUUCCAUAGUUAUUCUUCAACUACUAAUGAGUUAAGCCUAGUUACUCCACAGCUGCAUUAACAACUUGCCAUUCCUUCAGGGUAAGGGGUACGAUGCAAAAUUAAAUGGGGUGGGUGUUGAGUGACUCACUAUCUAGGGGGGAGAGAGAGCAGCUGGGAUUUGGAAGAGGACCAAUUGUGAAAUUCAGCUCCCUCUCUCCAGGCAUUUGGGAUGGGAGGGUGAGUGAAUAGGACACAGUCUGAGUCCUGAACUGGUGUUUGGGACUGGGAGCAAACCUGAGAUGGGGGCAGUUGCUGAUGAAAAGUAAUGUUCUUGGCUGGGGAGUAAGAAAGGUAUGUGCAAUCCUUGGCUGGAGGGUCAUAAGCUAGUGGAAAGAUGUUUUUUUGUAGUAGUGGGGUGUGCCUCAGUAAAUAAACUUUAUUGAGGCUGCUCCAUGUGCUCAUUCUUAAAUGUCUAUUGUUUAUUGUAAUCCCUGGGACGUUAUGUCAUUGAGACUCAAAACUCUUCCUGUGAUAACGAGUUUGCAGGAGUCAGUGGAAUUUGGAAAGGUGGCUUAUUUUCGGUCGAGUUUGUGAGGUAAUGGGUCAUUGGAAUAACCUUUGCUCUGGUGUGCUGAUAGACCCUCCACCCCUCCAGCUGGUGCAAGUACUCUUGUCCAUUGGGUUUGGCAUCCUGUUCUGUCAGUUGUGUCCCAGGAGAAGGCUCUGCAUUUUACACCCACAGACUGCGAAGAUUCCACUCCCUGCUGCAGCCUCUCCGAUGCUCUGAGAAACAAGUUUGCAAUUAUUAAGGGAAUGUCUGCAAGGAUGCACAGCAGCUGUUACAGAAACGCUUCACAUCCAUUGCAAGGCCUAUGUGCUCACACCCUUGUUCUUUUUCCUUGGCUCUAUUUUCUCUUUUAUCUCCUCUUCACAGCUCUCUCCUUUUCGCUAUUCCAACCUGGACCAAGUAGGUUUUCUGCCAAAAUAUUAAAUAAUGUCUUCCAGGAAGAUAUGAAAUGUUUUGAAUUCUCCAA